UUUGUUUUAGAAUUUGAUAUCCUAUACUGCGUUGUUCGUAGUUAAUUUGGUUAUUGCUGAAUCUUUGCCUAGCAUUACGACCGAUAGCACGAGGAAACUGAACAAACUGGGAAUAAAUCACAGGAGUAAAGGUACGGCCGUACAAUGUGGCAUUUAUUGGAAAAGAUAUCCGAACAGGUGACGAAAUAUAGUACAUGGCUGGGUCAACUUUGGUACAUUUGCGUCUUUGUAUUCAGAUUAAUCGUCGUUGUGACGAUAGGCGGAGCAGUAUACGGUGAUGAACAGUCGGCCUUCAAAUGCAGUACACAAGAAAUUGGUUGCACGAAUAUGUGCUUCAAUGUAUUUUCAAAAAUUUCUCACAUACGUUUUUGGGCGUUUCAGUUGUUGGCAGUAGCGACGCCCACAGUGUUUUUCCAUUUUUAUUCGAUGAGUGUCACGGGGCAGAUCGAAAAAUUAAAAAAGGCGGAAGAAGCAUUAAAAUUGGAGGAAGGUGACCUUGAACCAAUUGACAAUCCAAAAAUGGAAAAAGAUUUUAAAAAGAUGUCCAGGCGGAAGAAGAGUAUUGGAAAUGUCAAACUCAAGAAAGUCUAUUCCGGUGGAGAUUUAAAAGAGAUUCCAUAUACCAUGAAAAUCCACUACGCAUAUUAUUUGAGUGUGAUCGUUCGAUUAGCGCUGGAGGCAGUUUUUAUUUACUUGGCUUACGGUCUCUUCCAUUUCAUGGACCCAACCUAUGCCGAAGAUAUGGCAGUUUUGGAUUUUCUAUGGUUCAAAGUACCUGCUAUGUUUAAAUGUGUUGGACCACAUCCAGAAGUCAUGGCGGCAUGCAACCAACAUUUGGGUCAUGGAGUGGGACAUGUACCUUGCUGGGUUUCCAGGCCAUGGGAAAAGACAAUCUUCAUUAGAUAUAUGAAUGUCUUGAGUGCAAUCUGCUUCUUAUUAAGUGCAGUUGAAUUGGUUUAUCUGACAUUGAAAGGAAUUCUUGGAAAACGACGACACCACAGACCAAGAUUUUUCAGCCAAAGACCACACCCACGUCAAGAUUCUGUAUUUUACGCUACCGCACCUAACGGCCAUCAUAUGAGAGAACACGAAAAUUUUUACCCAACACUUGCAGUGCCAGUCAGGCUCAGCAGCAGUGAAAUACCUAGAAAAUACCACCAAGCCCAUCACGGAAAAGAAAGUGAGAAUAAGUGACGAAGAUGGCAUCAUUGAAGACACUGAUUUGGGAUCGACUGCUAGUGUUAAAAGCUCGAAGAACGGCUAGAUUUUUAAUAUUUUUUACAGUAUUUUUGAUAUUUUCUGUGAAUUUAUUCUACUUUUUUGCAUUAGCAUUAACUGACAUGUAGUUCAGUAUGAUUAUAUUUACGAUAAUCUUGUGUGCAUAAAUUUCGAAGACGUAAAUUAUGACAUUAUGGUGGUAGUUUUCAAAUGAAUGAAAUAUUGAAAGAUUGGCUGUUUUGAACGAGUUUAUUGUUCUGUAGGUAUAUCAUAUCACAGUGAAUAAAAUAAUUUAUUUCUAAUUAAAUUAGUACGUAAUAUGUAUAAAAAAAAUUCUUCAAAUGUUACCAAGAUCAAAAUUUUUUUUAUACUCGUUAACCAAAGUGUAAUCACUAAUUAUUGUUACAAAAAAUACUUCUGUAAGUUUUAUUCAAAAUUUAAGAUUACAACACAUUCCACAAGUUUUGAAAAUAUUGAAGUUUUUUCAAAAAUCAAAAUGCAAACCAAAUUUUUUUAAUGAAUGUAAGUGCGCAUAAGGUGACCAAAUGGAGCUCAAAUUUAUUUUUCAUUAUUAUUUUAGGCAUUUUCGAGUGCCAAACAUUCACCACACUCACAUUUUUGCCUUUUUUAUAUAAAAUUCAUAAAAAAAAUUUGUCAAUGAAUAUGACUUAGUAUCUUAAGCUUGGUCUGGAAUGAUUUGUAUAUAUUUGAGUUUACACUUGGCCAAGCUUAAUACUCGAUUAUUUUUUCAGUACCGUAAGUUUGCAUUGUUAAUAAACACCUUGAUCAAGAACUGUAAAUAUACCUUUUUUUGGACCACCCAGAAGUGUGUGCACUAAGAUGGCGCACAACCUGAACAUAGUAUGUGUACCCGGUUAGGGUUCAGGUUGUGCGCCAUCUUGGUGCACAUUCUUCGGUAGCGCCCCUUUUUUGCAUCUCAAUUUUAACGUAAUGUUGAAUUUAAACGGGGUAUCGCAAUUGUGGAAUUCAUUCCAGCAAUUUUUAUUUACUAUGAUAAUUGCAACAAUCAUACCUUGUGUUAAUGUUUCAAUUAAAUCUAAUAGUUGUUUACGAGACUACGACACCAUACUCUAGAUAUGGGACGCCUUAACAAUAUUGCGGAGAAAACGUACAAUUGGUAAAAUAUGACAAUGUUGCCUACGACUGCCGCGUUUGUAGCGUAUUCAACGUUUACGUGGCAACUUGUUUAUAAUGUUAAUAAUGUUUUAACUUGGGAGUUUCCCCAUACAGUUUUCUUAUACUAUCUCGUUAAAUACAUAAACGCAUAGAAGUAAUGUGUUUAAAAUGUCUAAAUGAAAACAUUCGGUUUAGCAAAAUUAAUAUAGCUAAACUAAAAUGUAUCGUUUGCUGUUGAUAGUUGUGUAUGCGCUGCUGAAUAGUAGCAAACACUGCCAUAUAACAUUAUAUUGGCUAUAUCUUGCCGAAUGUGAGGUACUUUAUAUCGAAUUGGUGACAUUCAAACUACUUUUUUGUCACGCCUGUUUGGACAUUUUAGAUCUCCAAGCCGGCAUAUUUCGGACUUCAAGAAGUUGUAUUUUUUUCACAGAACCUUGUUUUGUAAAUUUUAUAUUUAUUUCAUUUUCAUAUCAUUUCCGUUAUUAAUGUGUACAUUGUGUUACGGCGUCCACAGAUUUGCUAACCAUUCAGAUCAAGUGCAAGUUGUUUUUAAAGUAUCAAAUAUUAUGCUAAAUAAGACUUUCUUUCAUUUGCUACGUUUGCAUAUAGACCAUUUAUGUGGUCCUUUCACUGUCUUCGCAAUGCUAAAUUAGUUGCUUGGAAAUGCGAGAUAAUUUUAUCUUUCUGCUGAUUGGUAAAAUCGGUUUCUGAUGAAAAUUUACCUUUUGUGAAUAGAUUUGUUUCAGCAUACAUAUGGACCUAUUUGCAGUGUUUCUAUCGCAGUUGCGGUCCAGCCUUCUAAAUAUGAUGAAUUUUUAAGUUGCUGCUAUUAGUUGAUUUCUUGAAUGUAUAUAAGCCUUAUUGCAUGCAGUUUUAUCACAUUCCCAAUGAUGCCAAUUUGCCUACCUUGUAUACAUAAUAAACUAAUCAAUACCGCUUA